GCUACAUCGAUGUUCCAGAUGUUUCUAGAAACCCAACCUUGGCUCAACAGCGAUGUCUAACACCCAACAUCGCUGUUGGAAGACUUAACGUCAAACUAUGGUUUUCAGCUACCCAAUCCAGACAGCACUGUUGGUUGCACCAACAUCGCUGUUGGGCUGGUUUAGUCAGACCCAUGGUUGGUUUAGUCAGCCGUUAGCCGAUGUCAAAAAUACUCCCACAAAGACAGUUGAAGGUUCAGAUGCAAAAAUUCCCAAAACAUUUGAGGAAUACUCAAAGGAAGAAGCUGCAGCUGCUGAAUGCAAUGACAAGGCCUUAAAUGCGUUAUUUGGUGCAGUGGACAGUUCUCAAUACAAACUCAUUGCAAACUGCAUUGAAGCACAGAAGGCUUGGAAGAUUCUUGAGACAACGCAUGAAGGAGAUAAGAGAGUCAAUACAGCAAAAUACCAAAUUCUCAUGACAAAAUUUGAAAAUAUCAGAAUGGAAGACAAGGAGAGUAUUACUAAAUUUCAUGGCAGAGUGAGAGAUUUGGCAAAUGAAGCAGAACGUCUUGGAAGACCUUUUGAAGAAGACAAUCUGGAUCUAAAGGUACUGCGUGCCCUACCAGAAAGCUAUUCAGCUGAUGCCAAGGCCAUACGUCAAGCACAUGAUCUAAAGAGGAUGACGCUGGAUCAACUAAUGGGAAAUCUUGAAACUAUUGAGUUGGCCAUGUCAGAAGAACAAAAGAAGAAGAAGACAGAGAAACAAAUAGCGUUUCAGGUGGGUGAUCUAGAUCUAGAAGUUGAUGUCAUAUCAGAUGAUGACUUUCAAGAACAGCUGUCACUGGUCACCAAACAGUUUACAAAAAGGUGGCUCCAGAAAAAGGGGAAACAGGCCUUUAUGCAAGAUCCUCAGAGAAGCUCUCAAACCAAAAUGAUGAAAGAGAAGGAAUUCAAGACACAACCGUUAGAAGCAAGGAGAAAAGGACCACAGUGCUUUGAGUUUGGUGGUUUCGGUCACAUUCAAACAGAAUGUGCAAACAACAUGAAAAAGAAAAGGCAGGCGUUUGCCUCAACAUGGAGUGAUGAAGAACCAGACACUGAAGAUACUGAUGGAGAAAGUAACUGCGCCUUUGUCACAUUAGAAGAACAAGAAGAUUCUGAAGAGCAACUCAGGAUACUCCAAGAAAAGUGGAGUGAUCUGCUUGAUAUUAACAAGAGGAAUGUAUCUGAAAAUCUCCUCUUAAAGUCCCACAAACAACAACUGCCCUCCUGGUUCAAAAAAUACUGUCAAGUACGCAAGAAACUUCAAGAAGCAAGGACAGAGAAGGAAAGAAUGGAGAAUCAAGGGUCUUCAGCACAUAUCACCCACAUGCAAGGGCAAGAAGAUGAUGUAGCACAUGUACUUGCCCCAGAUCUACCACAGGUGCUCUGCAUAGAAUACCACAAAUCUGUGGAAGAAGAGGAGACCGUUGAAGUGCCGAAAACAGAUCCAGCACCAACCAUCAAUGUGCCAACCCAUUCUCCACCAGAUGCUCCAGUUCAAGAAGACGAAGAGUUCAUCCAAAUCCUGGAUGAAGACCCUCUUGUUGCAGUCUUGGAAGUCCCAUUCCAGAAGGAAUCUGUAGCAAAGAAGAGCAAGAAGAAAGUGAUUCCCACUGAGAAAUACAAGGUCAACUCCAUUGGGCUUCCCUAUCCAACACUUCUCUACAGCCUACUGGUCUCACAGGGGUUCAGCAAAGAAGAAAAGGAUGAGGAAGAACUAGAAGAGCCACAACUCCAAGUGGACAGCAGGCACAUGGAGGGAAAACAUCACAAUGACAUGGAGGUUGCUGGUCCAACAACUGCAAAAGACAGAAAGGCACCCUCCUUGGUGAGAUUCUUGGAGCAGAAACUGAUGCAGGUCAAAGAGGAGUUAACCAGGACCUCACAGCUGAAAGAGAAACUAGAGAUUGAAAAGUGUCAAUUGGUGGUCUUGUUGCGCCAGGCUAGGGAGGCAACUCCAGAUGUGGAGAACACAGACUCAGAGGAGGAGGUCACUGGGAGCACUCAUUCUGAUGAAGAGGAGUAUCACACUGAGGGGGAGAGUGAGGAAGGGGACUUAGCUUGAUAUGAUCAUGUACUUACAAAAACUCUGUUUUAUCUGUUUGUUUUUGUGCUGAGGUUUGUCACACCUCUGGUUUUUCAGGAGUAUGCUUUUGCUCCCUUAUGACUUGUCUUUUGGAUUAUAAUGUUUUGGUUGGGAUUUGCUGCUGCUGGAUAUGACAUAUGGU